CAUUUUUUGUAUACAAAAAAUAAUAUUGACAUGAAAGUAAAUAUUUUACAAAAAUCUUUCAAGAAAUCCGUUAAAUGUCACAUUCAGUACAAAGAUUGUCUCGAGAUCUUUAAGAUAUAAGACAAUAAAGAAAAAUUUUAUAUUUAUAAUUUAUUGUACAAGGAUAAUCAAACAGCACCUAACUUUAACUGUAAUUAUAAAAAAAAAGUAACAAAAUAAAUUGUAAUUACAUUACAACAAUGGAACAAUUAAUAAAACGUCAAAAAGUUACAAAAGAAUCAACUAUAACAGAUAUUACAUCUUGUAUUAAUAAUUAAGAACAAUGGAAAAUUUUGUACAAGCAAUUUCAGUUGCGAAUAGUUACUUCGCUUUGGCCGAUGGUCUCGCCGACGGUAUACACAAUUAUCUUUCGGAGGAUGUGAUUCUCGAUUGGUUUGGAUGGAUAGUCGAAGGUAGGAAAAACGUGUCUGCCUUUAUGGAAUCUCACGAUUCGAGGCAUAUAUUCUCCUACAUCGUGCCGACAACUAACAUCAAUUACAAAAAGAAAAAAUUGAAACGACUUUUCAAGUUUCGAUCGUAUUGUCGUCAAAAUCAUCAGGAAUUUGUAAAAAAAGAUUUCGUCGAUAAUAAUAAGGAGGCGAGGGACGACGAGUCGUUACAUCGAGAAGUGGAAACUCGGUCAUCGAAUUGUGACUUCGUAACCAAUGUUAAUCAAAAUGAAAUCGAUGCAAAGGAAAUCAGCGCGAUGAAUGACGCGUCUUUCGAUGACGAUUUGAGCGAGGGUGAUCUUUUCAAUCUUUUUAAGCUUGAGAUCUCGACGUCCAGCACAGAAGAGAUCGAGGAGAGCAUUAAUAGGAUAAAAUUGGAAGAGGAAAUGGCACCAACCAUCAAAGCUAUCAAGAGACAGAAUGGUCCAGGAGAUGAAAACGUUGUCGUUGGAUUGAGCACACCUAAAUACAUAGAGACUUACGGCGAAAUGGAAUUCUCGCGGAGAUAUUGGAAACGAGGAAUAACUAGAUUGAACAGCACAAUGAACAUAACAGAUAUUUUGUUUAAUCGUACCAUAGAUAUUUGCAAUGCGUAUUCCGUGCCUAUGUCUAGUGUGCACACUUGGAGACGGCCGUGUAAGUUACAAAUCGCGUACAGCACCGAACAUCCAACUCUGAAAUUAUCAUCGAAUAAAAAAAAUACGGAAAAAGAUAAGGUGCGAUUUGGACACUCCACGAUCAGAUUGCCCACCUUGGAGGAAAUCAAUCAAAUUAGCGAUAGGCUAGUGCCGAAUACGGACAAUUUCGGUGGUUUUUUGAAGAACACCGAUUUCUUCCAAGAUCUCAAAGAUUUCAUAAAAAGUUUGGAAAAAGAACCCUGUAAGUUAUUCGAUCCUUAUUACGUGGAGAAAAAACUGAUGUUUGACAAACCAGAGGUCAACGCGAGUCAUUGUAACGAUAAGAAAAAGAAAAUGUUUCUAUAUAAUUAUCAGAUUCAUCUGAUAAUAUACGAGGAUAGCGAGAACGAGCUUUGCAAGAAUUUAAAAAAGUAAAAUUUUUGAAAAAGUAAUAAUAGAGAAAUUCUAAGCGAGAAGAAAAUUAUCAUAUCAUUUUUCUAGAAAAUUCAUGCGAAAAUCGUGUUCUUUUUUUUCUUUUUUCAAUUUCUUUUUUACUAAAAAACUUUUUUCGAGUUAAAUUUUUGCAAUUUACAAGUUAUUCGCAGAUUUUAAAUUUGAAUGAAAUACUUAUAUUAAGUAUAUCUUUUUAUGCUGCGAUCAAUUGAAUGAUCUCACGUUCACUGAUAAUCAAGUUUGAACGAUAAAAUUGGUAGAAGAUAUUACAAACUUUAAGAUGUUUAUCUAACCGAACAAUAUUUGCAUCUAUUACAAUUGAUUUAAUAGUCGUAAUAAUUUGUUCUUCAAAUAUUCAAAGAUUUACGAAGUCAACUGUACUUAUUUACCGUGAUGCUUCACGGCGUUUCUUUUUCGUUUUUUUUUUCAAACGCAAUUUUGUAAUUUUUGUUUUCUUUUAAUAAUCCGAAUAAAGUGCAAUUUACAAGGUCGUGUAACAAUA